AUGAGCGACGACAAUAACAGUGUCAGCUCUGCUGGGGACGGUCAAGACGAUGGAUCCAACACGCCCUUUAUUCACUCAUUCCUCACUUCCCUGUACUCGGGCAAUUUGCCUAACAAGAGCAAAACCGGGUCAGCCGUCAACACCUUCAUUAGUCGUCUACAGGAGAUGGGGCAUCUGGAAAAGUCACAAGUGGCCAAAGCGGAUGCUCAAGAGUGCCGGCUGAUUCAGCGCUUCAUUGCCCCCGUCGACCCAAGGACCCCUGAUGGCGAUCGCCUGCGUGGGCGACAGAAGAAGGAGGCCGGUAUCGCGGCAGCCGUCAGGGUUGUCGAGCCUGAGGAGUUGCGUGCCCAUAUCAACACCCUUCGCGACGACGGUUUCGAUCCCCAGAUCUACCAGGAAAAGGGCUAUCCAGGCCACGCUCCGGAGGACCUCAAGAAGACCAACGAUGACGACGAUGAGCAGCCCAUCCUGUUGGACAAGGUCUCGGAGAAGAAGCUCAAGGCAACCACCAAGCUCGCCAAGGCCUUUGACACUGAGCUACCCGAGGACACGAUUCACAUCAUCGUUCAGCGACCCGCGCCAGGUGACCUCCAUGCUGACAUAAAAAAGAUUACAGACAAGUUCUUCAUGCCAGGAGCAGAUAUUGCCAAGUUUCUCGAUGCGUUUGUGAAAGGUUAA